AUGGCGUCGACAGAGCCCAUCACGGCAUUUGUGUCCUUCCCCUCCCCUUACACCGAGACGCUCCUCGUCCGCGCUCUUGCCGCUACCCUUCCCGCCGUCUCCAUCAGCAAUGAUCCCCCUUCAGAAGAGAACCCUCCCAAGCUGCAAUGGGCCGACUACGACCUGAUGACCUUUGACAAGCCCCACGCCAAUGACUCAUACCUCAUCUCGUCAUACGUAUACCGCAAGGCCCUUAUCCGCAAGCACCAACUGCACACCACUGUGGCCGAGUACCUCGCCAAGUCGAGCCACAGGGGCGAGAGCAGCGUUCUUGCUGCGCCGGCUUCAGGUGGUGUCGGCGGUAUCCCGAAGGGAUGGACUGUGGACGUCCAGUUUGCCGACGAGCUCGACGAGCUCCUAAUGGACGACCUGUACGAACUCCAGGAGACGAUGGACGCCAACGCCCAGUUGGGAGACGACGAGGAAAGGCAGUGGUUUAUCCUCAAACCUGGGUUUGCGGAUCGCGCGCAGGGCAUCAGAAUGUUCUCGACCGAGGAUGAGCUGCGUGCCAUCUUUGAAGAGUUUGAGCCACCAUCAGACGACGAGGACGACGAGGAUGACGAGGAUGAUGACGAGGAUGAUGACGAGUCGGCUUUGGCCAAGCAAGCAGCUGCGACCAACCUCGACGACGACGACGACGACGAAGAGGGCGGUACCAAUGUCCUCAUCUCGCAACUGCGACACUUUGUCAUCCAGGAGUACCUUCCCCGUCCCAUGCUGUUUGACCUCGAGGAGAGCGCGACCUCACCGGCGGUGCUUGGCCAGAAGUUCCACCUCCGCGCAUAUGCCCUCGUCACCGGCGGCUGGACUGUUCACGUCGCGCACACCAUGCUGGCCCUGUUCUCGGGAGCGCCAUACGCAUCGCCGCAAACCGUCGAUGGCGAGCUCGACCUGCGGCCACACCUGACAAAUACGUGUCUCCAGACCGACGGGUUCGGUGCACCUGUUGUCCAAGACGACCUGGUCCGCUUGUUCUGGGACCUCGAGGGUCUAACGGCGCUCGCGGCAACUCCCAAUGGCAGGUAUGCACCCCGUGGCAAGGUCACAGCCGAAUGGCUCGAGGCAACGUUCGCCAAGGUCGGCGCAGUCAUUGCCGAGUCGGUCAAGGCGGGUGCCGAGUGUGGUAGCUUUGGUCUGCAGCUCAUGCCCAAUGCUUUCGAGAUCUUUGGCGUCGACCUCAUCCUCUCCUUCCCACCCACAACCUCGGCCUCCACGCUUCCUACCCCUGACGUUACUCUGUUGGAAUUCAACGCGUCUCCAGACUUUCAACAAACUGGCGAGACACUCCGCCACAAACUGCUGGACAUGUUCAAGGGCGUGGUCCAAAUCAGCAUUGCGCCGUUCUUUGGCAUCCAGCGCGAGGAGGAGGAAGACCGCGAGAAGCCAAUGGAAAUCGGGGACGAGAGGCACGGAUGGCGUAUGGUGGGUAAGGGUGAGGUUAGGGGCAACUGGGGUCCCAACUAG